CAUGUGGUGUGACCUGGUAAUUGAUAUCGUUUUCUAAAGAUAACUUUUAGAAAGCGAUAUCAAGCUAAGAGCUACUAUAAAAAGAUUUAUAUAUUUUUUAAUUGGGAAACAAUAGUUUAAAUUCAGAAGGGUAUUUUCGGGAUUGCAAUAUUACCAUACAGAACGUAUAAAUAUAGUAAUUUUAUAGUUCCUGAAAAAGGAUCUUGUAUGAUUUUUUACUAAUUACAAAUGACUAAUUACCUCCAUUUUUUCGAAGUCGGUUAAAAAUAAAAUAAAAAGAAAGUUACAAAAUAUGGAAUUUAGAAAGAACGAAGUUGUUUGAUACGCAAUGGUAGAAAGAAAUCAACCCUGGCGAAGAUAUUUCAAGCAGAGAUGUUGUACAUUGGAAAUGCCAUGACUUUAUCCAUGACUCUGGUCAGGCGCCAAAUCUCGCUCUUGUCUACAGAACACAUUUUACUUUUCAUUUGAUAGAAAUUCGCUACGUUGACUAACAAAUAUUUUUCUUAUAACAAUUUUCGAGAGGAAUUCAUUAUUGAAUGAAAGUAAAAAUUUGCAUAAAUGGAGGGUGGAUGGGAUGGGGUAGGGCGGGUCUCCAAUCCACAGCAACCUCCUCGUGGAACUAUGCCUUUCAGAUUCUGAAGUGUAUCACAUUGCAACUACAAUUUUACGGAACGAAAAUUAAUAAUAAUGAAUGCAUGGUGUUUGCGAAAGGUGACGUAGUAUAGCAUGCCGUUAGUUGAUAGGGUUGAUAGCAUGCAAUAAUUGAGGUGGCGCUUAAAUCAGUUUCUUCUCGGCUUAAUUUUCGAUGAAACAUUGACUGUUUUACCGAUGCGGAAUUCGAAGUUCGGCCUCAACGCUCGCAUCACCUUAAGAACUUAUGUAUAAAGUUACAGAUUUCUUUUCAAAAGAAACGUCAUAUUUAACCUUUUAUUUUAAGAAAAAUAGUGUUAUUCACGAUGAAGUGGUAAUAUAAGUAAUAUCAAAAAUACCGACAUCUGUUUUUAGUACAUCUUAAUUCGAAUUAAGAUCUUUAAAGGUUAGGAUAGAAGAUGUGCUAAUAUACAUAUUUAUGUAUAUAUAUAUUUACAAUACAUGUGCGCGUAACUUCUAUUAACUCAUAUAAAGUGUUCAUUUCAAUUUAAAAUAUAAUUAAUAAAAUAUUUCAAUAAAAAUGUUCAACAUGAAUUCAUCCAAUUCAACAUCAUCCGAGGCAAAUGGAGAAAAAAUACUUACAAAUAAUGAGUUGGAUAGUAUACCUCUGUAUCUUAUUGGUACUCAACAAAGAUUUAGAGACAAUAUUAUAAUUCCAAGAACUGUGGGUCCUGUAAGAUUUAAAACCAAUGAAGAGAAAAUGAUAGAGAAUGUAAUGGAAAGUUGUACUUUUAAAAGCAUUGCAAGUUGUGUUAUAGGGUAUGGCUUGGGAGCUGCUAUAGGUUUAUUUUCAUCUAGUGUAAAUCCAAAUGUAGCUGCUGUGGAAAAGAAACAAACUGUUCGUGAAGUCUUUAGAGAAAUGAAAACUACUACAUUAGGUUAUGCAAAAAAUUUUGCUGUAGUUGGUUGUGUAUUUUCGGCAAUAGAAUGUACAAUUGAAUCGUAUAGAGGUAAAACUGAUUGGAAGAAUGGCACAUAUGCUGGUGGUUUAACAGGAGGAAUAAUAGGGUUAAGAGGUAUGAGUACUUUAAAUGUUAAAGCAAUAUAUGUAAUAUUUAUACUACAUAUAUUUGUAAGUAUAAUUUUAUGUUUCAGCUGGUGUAAAGGCAGGCUUAUUUGGAGCAGCAGGCUUUGCAGCAUUUUCAACAAUAAUAGACUAUUAUAUGCAUAAAUCUUAAACACUUAAUGUUAUAAAUUAUAGUAAAUAUAUUUGUAUAAAAGAGAUAUAAAAUGCACUCUCAGUGUACCUGUACAAUACAUACAAAAGCGCAAAAUAGUUCUUAGUAUAAAAACGCAUACAUAUAAGUACAAUAGUUAAGAAAUAAAGUAAAUGCACAUAGUAUAUUGAUA